CACGUGAGGGUGAACUAUCUAUCUUAGAAGAGCAGAUCUCGAACCCAGUUAAGCUGUUAAGUGACUGCAGCUGUGACCAACCAGCUUUGACCAACAUUGUGACUACAGAGGAGGACCUAGGCCAGAAGCUCUUGACUAUCCUGCUCCCAAAUUCCUGAUCCACAGGAACUGUGUGAGAGGAUAUCCGUUUACUGAAACUCAAAAAACAAGAAUAUGUGCUUCAGGAUUUUUAUUCCCUUAAUGCCAACAGUUCUUAGUCAUGCCGCUUCGAAGAAUGAAGAAGUAGACCAAACGAAGAGCAGUGGGCAGCAAGGUGAUGUUCCUGCCUCCAAGAGGCCUUUUCUGACUCCUCACCCAUCCAGUCUGGUGUUGGACAACCUCGAACAGACAACUGUCUCCAAUUUUGGACCACUGGAAAGUCAGCCUGAUUUCCGAACCCCAGAGUUUGAAGAAUUUAAUGGAAAACAUGACUCCCUCUUUUUUAAUGACGGUCAGCGAAGAAUCGACUUUGUUCUAGUAUAUGAAGAUGAAAGUAGAAAAGAAACCAAUAAAAAGGGUUCAAAUGAAAAACAAAGGAGAAAAAGACAAGCAUAUGAAUCUAACCUCAUCUGUGGUGGCCUCCAGUUAGAAGCAACAAGAUCAGUUUUGGAUGAUAAGCUUGUAUUUGUAAAAGUACAUGCUCCAUGGGAGGUGUUAUGUACGUAUGCUGAGAUAAUGCACAUCAAAUUGCCUCUGAAACCCAAUGAUCUGAAAACCCGGUCCUCAGCCUUUGGUAAUUUCAGCUGGUUUACCAAAGUCCUCCAAGUGGAUGAAAGUAUCAUCAAGCCGGAGCAAGAGUUUUUCACUGCCCCAUUUGAGAAGAAUCGGAUGAAUGAUUUUUAUAUUCAUGAUAGAGAUACUUUCUUCAAUCCAGCCACCAGAAGCCGCAUUGUUUACUUCAUCCUCUCUCGGAUCCAGUAUCAAGUAAGAGACAAUGUUAAAAAGUUUGGCAUCAACAAACUUGUCAGCUCUGGGAUCUACAAAGCAGCUUUCCCUCUCCAUGAUUGCAACUUCAGCCAAAGGUCAGAAGAUCCCAGCUGCCCGAGUGAACGGUACCUUCUGUACAGAGAGUGGGCUCAUCCACGAAGUAUAUAUAAAAAGCAGCCCUUGGACCUUAUCAGGAAAUACUAUGGAGAAAAGAUUGGUAUCUACUUUGCUUGGCUGGGCUACUACACUCAAAUGCUCGUCCUGGCAGCGAUAGUAGGAGUGGCUUGCUUUCUCUAUGGAUAUGUUAAUCAAAAUAACUGUACAUGGAGCAAAGAAGUUUGUCAUCCUGAUAUUGGUGGCAAGAUCAUCAUGUGUCCUCAGUGUGAUAAGAUUUGUCCAUUCUGGAAACUCAAUAGUACUUGCGAGUCCUCAAAGAAAUUGUGCAUCUUUGACAGCUUUGGAACUCUAGUGUUUGCAGUGUUUAUGGGGGUAUGGGUUACCUUGUUUUUGGAGUUUUGGAAACGGCGCCAGGCAGAACUUGAGUAUGAAUGGGACACUGUCGAGUUAGAGCAGGAAGAGCAACCCCGGCCAGAAUAUGAGGCACAGUGUACUCACGUGGUGAUCAAUGAGAUUACUCAGGAAGAAGAGCAUGUUCCCUUUACUACCUGGGGAAAAUGUAUACGCGUAACCCUCUGUGCAAGUGCUGUCUUAUUCUGGAUCCUGUUGAUCAUUGCCUCAGUUAUUGGGAUCAUCGUCUACAGGCUCUCAGUGUUGGUUGUAUUUUCUACAAAAUUAUCUCAGACCUUCAACGGGACAGACCCAAUCCAGAAGUACCUGACCCCACAGACAGCCACGUCUAUCACAGCUUCCGUCAUCAGCUUUAUCAUCAUCAUGAUUCUGAACACCAUAUAUGAAAAAGUAGCAAUCAUGAUUACUAAUUUUGAACUCCCAAGGACCCAGACUGAUUAUGAGAACAGCCUGACCAUGAAGAUGUUCUUAUUCCAGUUUGUCAACUACUAUUCUUCAUGCUUCUACAUCGCAUUCUUUAAGGGCAAAUUUGUAGGUUAUCCCGGAGACCCAACCUAUUGGCUGGGAAAAUACAGAAAUGAAGAGUGUGAGCCCGGUGGCUGUCUCCUUGAACUGACGACACAGCUGACAAUAAUCAUGGGGGGAAAAGCAAUCUGGAAUAACAUACAAGAGGUGUUACUUCCCUGGAUCAAGAACCUAAUUGGACGAUAUCAUACAGCUUCCAGAACAGAAAAGAAAUCCCCACGAUGGGAACAAGACUACCACCUGCAGCUCAUGGGCAAACUGGGAUUGUUUUAUGAAUAUCUUGAAAUGAUUAUUCAGUUUGGGUUCGUCACCUUAUUUGUGGCCUCUUUUCCACUGGCCCCUCUGUUGGCUCUGGUGAACAAUAUAUUGGAGAUAAGAGUGGACGCGUGGAAAAUGACUACCCAGUAUAGACGCAUGGUUCCAGAGAAAGCCCAAGACAUCGGAGCAUGGCAGCCCAUCAUGCAAGGAAUAGCAAUUCUGGCUGUGGUGACCAAUGCCAUGAUCAUUGCUUUCACGUCAGACAUGAUCCCCCGCCUGGUGUAUUACUGGUCCUUCUCCGUCCCUCCCUAUGGGAACCACACCCAGUACACCAUGGAAGGAUACAUCAACAGUACUCUCUCCUACUUCAACGUCUCAGACUUCAAAAGCAGAAGCAGGGGAAGUUCAGCCUCUGAUUUUGAUAUCCGUACAUGCAGGUACCGUGAUUUCCGGAACCCACCUGGACACCCACAAGAGUAUAAACACAACAUCUACUACUGGCACGUGAUCACAGCCAAGCUGGCUUUUAUCAUUGUCAUGGAGCAUGUCAUCUACUCUGUGAAAUUUUUUAUCUCCUAUGCAAUUCCAGAUGUAUCGAAAAGAACGAAGAGCAAGAUCAAGAGAGAAAAAUACCUAACCCAAAAGCUUCUUCAUGAGAAUCACCUCAAAGAUAUGACGAAAACUAUGGGGGUCAUAGCCGAGAGGAUGGGGCCAGUGGUAACAGAUAACAAUUUACGACCAAAAUCAGAAUAAGAGCUUUAUGUUCUGAGAAGCACUUUACAGAAUUUUACUCUGUCAAAAUAUAUUAUGAAUCACUAAUGAGAAUGUUUAAGUUAAAACACUUUGGCAACUAGGAGUCUUCGCUAUUGCCAUUUUCAUAUCGAUUAUUUUUUCGGUUUCAGCCAGCCACGCAGGGACUGGAAAAUGUAAAACUUAGAUCACGAAGCGCAUAAAACUAAUCACCUGGAAAACCAGAAAUGUUACCCUUUUUUGAUAAAUUGGGAUUUCUGUAGCACAAGAGAAAUCUUGUAGUGUGCUUAAAAACCACCCCUUCCAAAGCAGAAUGGAUUUUGUCCCUCCGUUUGAUUAUUUUUAUUCCUUUCUGUUCUCAAGCACAUGAUCCCCCUUCUAGGCAGUGUUUCAUUGCUUCACUUCGCCAGAUCUGUCCUAGAGUCAUCUCUCCCUCACGGCACUUUCGUUAAAGACUAGACAUGCUAGCUUUUGUGUGAUUAAAAAUAGCUAACUCAGAAUUCAGUUUGAGUGCUAUAGUAAGUGGCAAAUAGACCAAAGAAUUCACAAUAUUUAGGUGUAUUAGCACAUCCCUACAGAAAAUGAAACCUCACUUAAUAAGAGGAAAUAGUCUCAGCCUUCAUUUUGGCCUGUCUUUCCAUCUCAAAGAAACACUCUUAAUGGAUUGGAAUAAAGAUAGCAAGGUUCUGAAGUGUAUUUGUACUAAUCCACAGUGACACCUUUUAUCUUCCGGGAGCACUCUAGAAUGUUCUGUGCCUAAUCAGUGUUGACUGCUUUGCACAUCUCAGGAGAGUAAGAUGACAAAAGCGGGGAAAGUUAGAUUCAAAUAGAAUUGUAAUUCCUAUCGAUCAGGAUAAUUAAUUUACCUCUUCUAAAGAUACGUAAUUUCUUUAAAAAAAAUUGAAAUCAAGUGAUUAAAAUUACAUUUUUAUCAACAUAAUGGUCUGGAAAGGUAAGCCCAUGAGUUUCCCCAGGUGCCCUCUCUUCCUUAGAUCCAGGAGCUCUGGCAUUACAGAUCACAAGCACGCCUGGGACUGGCUCACCGAACAGCCCCUGUGCCAUGACCACCACGGUGCUGGGCACUAGCAGAACAGCAAGUGCCCUAAUCGUGAAGCGCGCUGUGAUCGGCAGGGAGCGUCUAUCCUUUCGGGCAGGGAUCCUGCAUUUCCAAGGGAUCGCCAUACCAAAGCAUGUGCCCUGGUGAAGGUGGUUCCCUACAUCCUCCAUUCCCGUGUUCCCAGCCCAGUAACUUGUUGGUGACCUGCACGCCCCAGGGGAGGAGUGGCAGGGAGAGGAAGGAGACAGGAGGACGCCCAGAUCACUCUUGAUCCAGAAGAGAGACUCUGGUUCUGAUCCCAGCCUCCCUCAAGCCAUAGUCCGGCCACAACCCUUUCCGUCUGCUGGACCUACCUCCCUGCUGAACGCCCGUCUGCUCCACGUACAUCUGGCCUUCACUCUGUUCAGCUCAGCGUCUUUACCUGUCCUCUACUGCCUUUCAGGUGCAGGGCCCUCGGGUGGGCUCUGGAGACGACCGGGGGCCUGCACCGCUCACUCUGGACUGUAACAGGGCGGUGCUGGCUGCAGGAGAGGGGGCCCUGCACUGGGUUCUUGCUGGGUGGGCCACCACCCACUGCGGUGCUGCUAAAUGCCCAGGUGCCAGGAGGAGCCCAGCCACUCCGAAUCCCAGCAGCAAAGGAGAGGGAAGGCUGUGUCCGCGAGCAGACUUAGAGGCUUGUCAUAAUAGAACAGCUUACCUCAAGGUCACUGUUCUAAACACAUGCCAUGAAUGUUUGGGGUUAGUGUUUUUUGUUUUUUGUUUUUUUUUAAUCAGAAUUUAAAAAAAAAAAAAAAACACUAACCAUCUCUGUAGGAUUCUUCAAAGCAGUAUUCUGGACUUCUGAAUUGUCCCCCUGGAUCAGGGACAACAUUUCGCUAACUCUUGGUCACGUUCACAAUGUGAAGAGCAUGCUCACAGCAAGCCACAUGAGCCCUGACUGCACAGGGAGUCAGAAAGGAUUUUCCUCCCAGCUCCUCAUUCUGCACAGCGCAGCCUGGGUGCAUCUGGUCCUGUUCCCCGCUCACCUGUAACACUGCUCCUCAAGUGGUGUCCCUUCCUCUCCUGUUACCUCUGCUCUUCGCUGAAGCGUAUGACUCUCUCCUCGUGUCGGAUUGGGCGACCACUCACUGCUUAUGGGAGCAUAGAAAGGGAAAUGCUCUUGCCUUAUCUUCUUGUAUAUAAAACUUUAAGAGAAUUGUGCAUUUAUGUUCUCAUGAAUCAUCUUUCAUAAAUCAUCUUCAUAGUUUAAAAAUGUGCUUUUGUGGACAGGAGGGGAAAAAAAAAAAACCUCUACAUUUUUAAAGGCAGGAAAUCUGAUGUAUGACACUGCCAGUAUUCCCCAAACAGCGGAGUAGCGGGGAGCCAGGGUCACCUGUGACACCUACAGUGUUAAUGUAACUCGAGUGCUGACUUGUCAGAAGAAAAAUGUGGGGCUGUGUCUGCAGGCAGGCACGAGCUGGAUCUGCUGCUUCUAGAAGCAGCCUCCCAGGAAGAAGGGUGGAUAGGACAGUGCACCCACGAGAGGAAACUCUGGCCCUCGACCUGCCCAGUGUUAACCACUAGAGAACUUUACAUUUUCUCUCCUUUUGUAAUGCCUACGAGUCUUAACAGAUUGGAGCAUUAGACCAAAAUACUCAGGAGAUUUUUCUUUAGUAUCCCUCAGCUACUCCAGACAUGGCAGUAGAAAGGGACUGCUAUCAUUUUUGUUUGGAAACUAAACGAGGCCGUCUUAUAAACUGUCACCAAAUGCCUUCCCUUUUAAUUACCCGUGCAUGUAGCCUGAAUUGCAGAAAACAUCAAUUCACGAUGGGGGGCAGGAUAUGCUCCGUAAUUGAAACACUUCCUAUGCCAUUUUCUGAUUGUACACAUUAUAUUUUAAGAUGUUUGAAAAGUUAAGAUGUAUGAGCCACUUAACUAAAGCAGAACCGAAAUAGUCAUGAUGCUUUCGUACACUGUGGCAUAAGAUGUAAAAUUUGUAAUGUUUUGUGAAUGUGCAUUUUAAUAUUCUUUUAUAAUUAUGAGCAUUUUAAUAAAUUCAUUUUUAAGAACAACA